AUGGGUGAAGGCGGGGUGUGGGUUGUGUGUCCAGAUCCUACUUCAAAGAUGUUUUCGGUGGAAAUAAGUCAUGGUUCUAAGAUCCCAAAGGUAGAUUUGACCAUCACCGCCAGUGCUCAACAACUAUUGACUGGCCAGAUUGAAUCUUUAUGGGCAGACAUUUGUGGGUCUGUAAAAAGAUUGAAUUUUUCCUUUUCGGAUUAUGUGAUUCUUGUUUGUAAGUUUGGUGAACUUAGUGAAGUUAAAGAUGUUUAUGACAGGAUUUUUAUGGAUGGUGGGAGUUGUUGUUUGGAUAGACAAAGCUAUGUUGCUUUAUCUGCAGCUUUGUGUAGUUUAAAUGAGGGAUUUUUAGCGAAAAAUGUUGUGAAUGAGAUGUAUGAUAAGGGUAUGGCGGAUUUGGCGUUGCGGAAGCUUGUUAAAAACGGGUUUGUUGUUGAUAUUUGUGUGUACGGAUCGUGGAUCCACGGUCUUUGUAAAUCCGGGAAGUAUCGUGAAGCCGAUAAGUUGUUUAGAAAGUUGUUAAAACGGGGUUCGGUGAAAAAGUUUGGGGAGGAAAAGAAAGAGUUAAAGGAGGGUCGACGAGCGAUUUUUCAGUUAAACUGCGAGGGUGUUGUUCCGGAACUAAUGGCGUAUGAGUGUUAUUUUCGUGCUUUGUGUAAUGCGAUGAAACUUGAUGAUGCGGAAGUUUUGUUGAAAAAGAUGAUGAGUGGUAGAGCUUUGCCGGAAAUUUGUGUUUAUGGGUCGUUUAUUAAGGCGCUUUUUCGAAGCGGUAGGGAUGAAGACGCUAUGAAGUUUUUUAAAGCUCAAAGGAAAAAGGGGUUGGUUCGUGUUGAUGAAAUUGUUACGUAUGUAAUCAUGGGACUAUGCGAAAACGGGAAAAGUGAUGAUGCUUUAAGGUUAUUUGACGAGAUUUUAACGGUUAAUGGUUUUGUAAACGGUUCAUAUGUUUGUAAUAUCAUAUUAGGCAGUUAUUGGAAGCACGAUGGUGUGUCGAAAGCGGAGCUUUUCUUUGAGAGAUGGCGAUUGAAUGAAGGGAGGUACGGGAAACUUGACGUAACGAGUUACACUAUCAUGUUUAACGGAUAUUGUAGCGGGAAUGAUGUUCGAAAAGCGGUAAUGGUGUUUGAAGAAAUGUUGAAGAGGAAAAUGGCUGUCAAUGGAGCGUUAUACGAGCGAGUUAUAAGAUUGUUAUGUGAUCGCGGUCGGGCAAAUGAAGCGUUUCGCUAUGCAGUUAAUAACGGUGAUAUAUCGCCAUAUCGGUCCCCUAGUAAAAUAUCGGUCAGAAUAUCGGUACUGAUAUUGUCAGCAAUAUUGACCGACAUAACCGAUAUAUCACCGAUAUUUGACCCAUAUAACCGAAAGCAAAUAUUGUGUGACACUGAGCUUGUUGCUGCAGUACGCGACGAACCACGUAUGGUCGAGAUAUACUUAUCUGAGUUGACGGUUUCACAAGAUGAGUUUGAAUUAUCUUAUUCAAAGGUAUAUCAUAAAAUGCAAAUGAAUGACUACUUUAGUAGUUUUCUUCUGGACCUGGCAAUGCAGGAUAUUUACAAUGAUUACGAGAGUGAAGUUUAUGAUCACAACUUUGUAGAUGGUGUAUUUGCAGCCUUAUAA